AUGGUGAAAGGCGUAUCAGCAACCUCCUUGCUUGAAGAAUUGGAAGGCUACAGUAGUGAUGAUGGUGAUGAUGAAUUUUAUAAAGAUGAGGAAUUAUUGGAAAUUAAUUCCGAUGAUGAAAAAGAAAGUAAAUCGAAAAAUACAAACACGCCAAUUCUGAUCAAGAAAAAGAUCAAGACUCGUUUUAAUGAAUUAUCCUUUGAAGUGUUGCUACAAGUGAUGGAUUACAUUUUUCCUUUUUAUUCACAUUUUGAAAAGAUUACAAGUGGAGCGAGUAUUGAUUUCAACGAUAGGAGAAAGUCAACAAUGGUGUUGAGUCAAGUGUUGCAUAGUUUGUUUUCCAAUCAAAGGAUUGUUGCUUGGAUAAAGGAAAAUACAAAUGGAUAUCAUUACUUUGGAACCAAGCAUGGAGAAUUCAAGUAUUUAGCAAGCUCUCGUGCUAUUUUUGCAGAGAGCUUGUUUAUGAGACAAUUGAUUAUUGAUGAAAUUGUUAGCGAAUUUUACAAUCUUAUUAGAGUUUCAAAGAAAACAUUUUAUUCCUUUUUAAUAGAUGAUUGUUAUGAUUUGUUGGUUGUCAAAUUGAUUUGGGAAGGACUCUAUCAAUGCAUUAGAAAUCCUGAUCUUGUUCUCUCCAAUUCAAGAGUUUCAUCCAACAUGAUACAAGUAUUACCAGCUAGUCAAUACAUUCUUAGUGAACCUGUUUAUUCGGCAGUAUUGAGAUCUAGAUAUGAGCCAGUUUGGUUCUACCAAGCGUUCCUCUCACAGCCAAGUUUAGCAUUCUCACCAUGGAUCAAAAGAGAACGUUUGAAAAAAAAAGAGCCCCAACAAGAGCCCUCCAAUGAAGCACCAACACAGGUGGAAUGGAGACGAUUCUUGAAGUUUUUACAAAAGCAAUUAAGGAGGUAUCCUCUUUUAGCAUCUGAUAGAAAAUAUUAUUCUAACAUUUCAGACAAAUUCCAAUAUAUCAAGGAAUGCGGAUUUGAUCCAGACCAAAUUAGCAAAAUUAUUUAUCUUGAGGAAGAAAUCCCAAUUGGCUCUGCAAAGGUUCUUCAAUCAAUCGAAUCUCCAAGUGUUUUGAAAGAGUUUUUAACCAAGAACUCUAAGCUCUCCAAUAUCACACAAAUUUGUUGUAGCAGUAAUGAUUUUUUAAUCAGUUCCAUACAGAAUGUUAGGAUUGAAAUUGUGGAUAUUAUUAUGGAUAUUCAGAAAAACAAAAAUUUUCUUUCACAAUUGAAAAGUGACUAUUUGAAUUUCUCUCCGGUGCACUUGUUUAUUGAUACCAGCUUAUCAAUGGCGGAUUUCAAAAAGAAGAGCCAUUCAAUAGUGCAAUCAUUGAAAAAGAUGAGAAGGCACUUUUUACCAAUUUGUGAUAUUUUCCAAAUAGUUUACAAAUCUUCCAAUCCUCUUUUCUACCUUAUUCAAAGAGUUGGUGAAGCAUGCAGACAAGCAAAGUGGAUCUAUAAACCAAGUGAUUGCAUGUUAGUUUUUGAAGCACUCUAUCCAUUAUUUGUAGAGAUGAAAGAGGAAGAGUAUGAAAAUCUUGCAACAUCUCCAAGCAUUGUCAAAGAGGCAGCUCAUACUCCCUUAUGCUUCUCAAGUUUAUUCUCCCCCAAGAUUGCCUUACCAGUGCAUGUGAGAGCUAUUCACAAAAAGUUGUUGGCAAUUACAGAGGAUAACAUUUUUAGAAUCUUGUUGGAUAUUAUACAUACCGAUAGUACUCAGAAGAAUUUUUCCUUAUUCAAGAUGGCAAUUGAAUGUGCCUUAGAGAAUCCAUCAGAAUUCGCUCCAACUCUCAUGAAAAACAGAAUUGCUGCUGCAAUGGGUAGUAUGCGAAGUGGAUCUUUUAAUGAGCAAUUGAGCGAAUUCCUCAUCCAAAUUCACCCAAUUGUCGAUUCAAUUUGUGAAAGUAAAAAAUGGUAA